CCCCCCGGACCAUGACGCCGCCAGAUCUACACCCGCAUUUCCCAGCCUUGCUGCGCCGCCUCGACCAUGACCAUGGCACCGACCGCUGAGACGAAAGACGCAAACCACGAAUCCCUCUCCAACAACAACAACAACACCAGCACCAACACCAUGGACGGCGACACCUCGACCACCGACACCACCGACACCCUAACCCUCACCCUCACCCACCACGGCACCCGCCACGCCAUCACGCUCCCCUCCUCCGCCACCAUCUCGGACCUCUCCACCUUCAUAGAAACCGACCUCCACAUCCCACCCUCGCACCAAAAGCUGCUCAUAAGCCCGAAACCCGGUCUGCAACGGCCACCAUUCAAAGACCCCACACUCUUACUCUUGCCGCUCGCCUCGCGCAAAUUCCAGCUCAUAGGCAGCACGCCCUCCGAAAUCGCCACGCUACAAACACGGGUCUCGCACAGCGCCGCGCAGCACGCCGCACGCACAGCCCGGAACUACGCCGUCGCGCCCGCCGUGCCCGCGCGCACCGCCGGCCGCGGCGUACGCGGCAGCGCGCUUGCCGCCGCCGACGCAGCAUACACGUUCCACGUGCUGCGGCCGCUGCCGCACCUGCCUGCGCCCGAGCGGAGCCUGCGCUUCCUGGAGCGGCUGCGCGACGAUGCGGGGGUGCGGGCGGCGAUGCGCGCGCACCGCUUCAGCGUGCCAUUGCUGACGGAGAUGGAUCCGGCGGCGCAUACGACGCACGAGGGGCGCACGCUGGGGCUGAAUAGGAACAGGGGCGAGGUUAUUGAGUUAAGGCUGCGCACGGAUGCUGGCGAUGGGUAUCGCGAUUAUAAAACGAUUCGCAGAACGCUGUGUCAUGAGCUCGCGCAUAAUGUGUGGGGCGACCAUGAUCGCAAUUUCUGGGCGCUGUGUCGGCAGAUUGAGGGGGAGGUGGAGCGGGCGGAUUGGACGAGAGGGGGUAGAGCUGUUGGCGACGCUAGCGGUGGUGCUGCUGCAGAGGCGUAUAUCCCGCCCGAGCAGCGCAACGACGUCUUCGACCACGGGGCCUGGACAGGCGGCGAGUUUGUGCUUGGGAGCGGCAGCGGCAGCGGGAACGGUGGUGGUAAUGUGAGUCCCGCCCGCGGCCCCCUCGAAGGCAGUUCCGGCCACGUGCAGCUGGCCAACCCGGCGCUGAGCCGACGGGAAGUGCUUGCGCGGGCGGCGGACGAGCGGGCUCGGCGGACGCGGCAGGCGGAUGUGGAGGGUGAGGAUGGGAGUGCGGAUGGGAGUGCGAGUGGGAGUGGGAGGGAGGACGGCGCGGAUGAUGAUAGGGGAAGUGGUUGAUGGUUGAGUUGUUUGUGCUUCCUCUUCCUCUUCUUUCUCCUCUUUUCUUCUCUACCUUAUCCUUUCUCUUCUCUUCGCUUCUCUCCUCUUCCCCUUCAAUCCAGCGCCACCUUUGCAUUUUGCAUUUCCCUUUAUCUGGUCUUCCUAGCGGCAUGAGCAAGCAAGCAAGCAAGCGCUUUAUACCAUAUAUACACUUUUCCACCCCUCUAACCCUCUACCACGUACCUACCUAUCCACUUACAUACAUACCACGUACAUAGAGCACAGCACCACCACAACCAGCACCACCAGCGUCACAGCUACACACAACCCUAGUUCCAUACAUAGAAGCCCAUCUAAUACUACG